AUGAAGCCCUCGAUGAUUGUUAUUUAUGUUAUCUCUCUGGCGAUCGCCGUCGGUGGAGAGUUCAUGAUACGCGGCAAAGUAAGAAAAAGAUACACAUCACACCGGCGGCAUCGAGCUGUCCUGCCGCCAUGCAAUUUCAAUGAGACUAUUGUCAAUGAUGAGUGGUCAUUGAUGGAAGCGAUAGGAAAAUCAAAGUUUAUAUUUACGGGUAAAGUCUUAAAUGUGAGAAAGUUUCGUUCGGACGACCAAAAGACAAGAAAGAAAUCUAAUUUGUACACAGUGUAUCUUCGGAGACUGUUAAAGGGAAACAUUAGUGAACUGAGAAAUUUUGUUAAGUUGGAAGGCUCGGAGGAUAGUUUGACUGGUUCUACAUUGAUGGUGGAACGACCACGAGCGCAGGAUUCGUGUGCACCAGCACCGCGGCCUCGAUUGUCAGCGAUUUUUUUAAGUGACGGAUCUUAUGCUGACGCUGGCAGAGGGCCUUCUCCUCGACUCAAGCUUUUGACGGAUCCGAUGCCAUUAACCUUGUAUCAUUUAGAUAGAGUUAAUGCUGCUGUCAAAGUGUUUUUAUUUUAUUGCUCUACGAUAAUUUAUGCCCAUUUCCUUAUAAGGGGCGCUGUUAGGAAACGGGAUACGGAUAGCCGCAAGAAAGACAUAAAUGGCUCCAAAUGUGUUUUAAACGAGACAAUAACUAAUGACUACGAGAUUCUGUCGUCAGCCGUGUCUGAAUCCAAAUACAUUUUCACCGCCAGGGUCUUGAGCGUGAAGAAGAUAAAGCGCGGCACAAAACCACACACUAAAGUGUUUAUGUUGUAUAAGCUAUACAUACGGCUGGUUAUGAAGGGCAAUAUCGACGAUCUGAGGAGUCACGUCGUUUCAGGAGACGAGCGUACUUUAAACGGAGCGUUAGUGUUUGUUGACUGGCUUCGAACGAACAAGUGUGCUUACAAACUGUAUAGACAUUCAUCAGGUAUCUUUUUAAGUGACGGUUAUUCAGAAGAUACAAGCAACGGGAAUAAGCGGCGACUACGGUUGUUGAACGAGCCUCUUCCAUUGUCGCUUUAUGAUUUGGAUAGAGUAAAUGCCGCUUUGAAAGGUAAAUAUUUACUAGCUUGUAAGAUGUCGGCCUCUAUAGCCAUUUACGCACAUAAGUUAUAA